CCCGUCGCGUCGCAGCGAGAUCGCUUCUGCCGACGGGGAAGAGGGAAGAGGGAAGCGAGAAGAGGGCGAGGAGCGGAAAGGGAAGGAGGAGGAGAAGGGACCGAUUGACACGCAGUCUCCUCUCGCCGCUCGCCGCUCCCGCUCACGGUACGCUCCUCUCCUCUCGAGUCUCUCGCGAGAGCGACGCGUUGUCGCGCGGUGCGCGGAUCGCGGUGACAAGUUAUUAUCGCGUCGCCUCGCGUCUCGCGGGCCCAACCCACUUUUUGACUCGCGGCGGCCGCUCGAGCGCCCGGUCGUCUUGUGCGCCAUGUACCCGCGGUGAUCCUCGAGCAGCUUCCUCGGGCAGCGUUAUUCCCCCAGCCAACGAGCCGAGGUAGCCCCGGAACCCCUGGGUGUCGCGUCGCGUCGAGUCGCGUCACCCCGCUUCGCCUCGCCCACUGCGCCUCGAACUCGGGAGUCUCGGGACACUCGGGUAUGGAAUUUUGCGGGACGACGGCGCGUCCACAUAACCUUUAAAGCCACCGAGGAGACCGUCGGUCGUCCGUUUCCCCUCGGCCGACGGCCGCCGUCGCCGCCGCGUUGAUGUGUCGACCGUCGUUCUCGGCUCGCCUCCGUCGGCAACGCUCCGGGUCACGUCGCGGAAACGACGCUCCGACGCUGCAGAACACGAUCCGUCGAGGACGAGAAGCCACCCCCCCUUUCACCCCUUUUGUUCCUUCGCCACCCCCCGCGUCCGCUCCGCGAAUCUGCGACCCCGUUCUCGUUUGCGCUGCGCUCACCGCCGACCGACGGCACAUGCACUACGUGUUUGUCAUGCUGUACCUGACGAUAUUCAGUUUGAUUCUGUUCUAUUUAUUUCUGAUCAUGCAGGACGUUAUCACGAGGAUACAAUCUCGUCUGUACCAUUGAGUUUUAUUUAUUUUUUCUUCCACUGUUAAUAAAUUCAGUUAUUCUUCACCCCGACACGGUGUUUUGUGUUUUCAUUUCGUACACGCUCCACUUCGCACACACACGUACCCCGCUUCCAUCUCCCCUCUUCAUUCUUCCCUACACCCGCCAAUUCUGCACAGAUUCUCACGUUCUGUAUCUCCUGAAUGAGAAGAACGACAUGACCGAUAAUCACUUUCUGCUGAUUAUCAAAGCAAUGGUGUACUGAGAGGUCGACGCGCGUGGACUAAGUAAUCCAGGAAGGCUCGUCGCAAUUUGAGAAGAUGAAUAAUCAGGCGUUUAGUUUGGCGGAGAGACUCAUACCGUCGACCUACGUGCAGCAGGGCCUGAACGCCAAGAAGUCUCGCGAGAACCUUAUACGGCAUUUCAUCGAACAUCGAAAAUGGCCAGAGGAGGGCUGGGACGACGCAACGAUAGAGGCGUUUCUGUCGGAUUUGUCGCAGAUGGACAGCAACAACUUCCCCUCAAAUUGCAGCGUCGGCGAACGCGAGGCGAGGAUCGUGUCGAACAUCGUCGCGAGACGACACUUUCGUAUGGGGCACGGCAUAGGUAGAUCCGGCGAUCUGGAAGAAGUACAACCGAAGGCAGCUGGUAGCAGCUUAAUGUAUAAAUUAACUAACUCCUUAGUGCUUGAAGUUAUACGAUAUAUGGGAGUGAAGAGCAUAGCGGGCUGCUUUCUAUCACCAAUGGCUACAGGAAUGAGCCUAGUCCUAUGUAUGUUAACGCUUAAGCAAGACAGACCACGAGCGAAAUACGUUUUAUGGCCUAGAAUUGACCAAAAGUCUAGCUUCAAGUCUAUAAUCACGGCCGGAUUAGAGCCUAUCGUUAUCGAGAUGCAAAUAAUAGGGGACGAAUUAAAAACCGACAUGCAGAGACUCGAGGCCCAAAUGGCAGCCUUAGGCGAGAGUGUCGCCUGCGUACUCACGACAACCAGCUGUUUUGCGCCCAGAGCGUGCGACUCUGUGGACGCGAUCGCGGCUCUCUGCAGUCAGUAUAACAUACCGCAUCUGGUGAAUAAUGCAUACGGCUUGCAGAGCACAAGAUGUAUGCAUCUCAUACAAGAAGCGUCGAGAAAGGGUCGAGUAGACGCUUUCGUUCAAAGCACGGACAAGAACUUCCUAGUUCCAGUGGGUGGUGCCAUUAUAGGCUCCUUCGACAAGAAUCUCUUAGAUCGCAUAUCGAAAAUGUAUCCAGGACGUGCGAGCGCGAGUUCCGUUAUGGAUGUGAUGAUAACGCUGCUGAGUCUUGGAAUGGCAGGGUACAAACAAUUGAUUGCUCAACGUAAGGAAAUGUAUUCUUACCUGAAAGAAGAAUUGGGAAAAUUAGCGACAAGGCAUGGGGAGAGGCUGUUAGACACUAAGGGCAACCCAAUAUCCAUGGCUAUGACUCUUCAGUGUCUGAGCCAUCAGCACGACAACAAGCAAGUUACUAUGCUAGGAUCAAUGCUAUUUCUGCGUAACGUUAGUGGUACUAGAGUAAUAACGACCACGGAUUCUAAGCACAUUGUUUCACAUAAAUUUGAAGGCUGGGGCGCACACAACAGCAAUUAUAGAGUUCCAUAUCUGACUGCUGCGGCAGCGUUAGGCAUGAAGAGAUCUGAUGUGGAUGCAUUCAUACAAAGAUUGGACAAAGCUUUAACGAAAGUAAGGAGGCGUUCAGCGCCAGUAACGCCUACUGCUUCACUCGCCGGUUCCAGCAUCAAUGGAGAUGCAGGUGGUACUGGUGGACCAGGGGAAUCUAGCACAGCCUCAACCAGCCGUGCAAGUAGCAAAGACAGUCUAAGAAAAUGAACCGUAAUCAACGCAACUGGCCAGUCCAAUCAGCACAUUAAUCUCAAUUUGUAAGUAACUUAUCGCUUACAAAUUGACAUCCAUAGCAUGUUUCUGAGAAAUACAAAUUUGGUACAAUUGUUCCUUUAUAAAUAUGUCAAUCACGUGUUUGUGUUGACAGGAGUUUUACGAAAUCUGAAGAAAUUUAAUACAAAAAUCCUGAAAUUCUUUAGAUUGAAAAUUAGAUAAUAAAUUUUUUAUGGGAAAAGGGAGGAAAGGAGGAUAUAUGUGGAAACAUUUCUUUUCUAAAUGAGAUGUCGAAACAAAAUCCAUUAUUAUGUUAAUAUUUCACAAUACUAAAGGAAACAGUGAUUACAUGUAUUUUCACAGACACAUGCUAGAUAUAAAUGUACUGAUUCGUCUGCCCAUUUGCGUUGAGAUAUUGUCAAUUUAAAUCAUAUACCAAAAGAGGAUGAGUCUUCAGACGUUAAAGAGUGAUCAAAAUUAAUAUUGGAAAAUGACAGGAAACACAAGGCAUUCGGAUUCCUAUGGCUCUAUUUCAGAAAGAGAUUUAAGUGAUAAGCGCUGGCUGUCGAUAUAAUUGUUGAGUAUGUUCUUUGUUGAAAUGUAUAUGCUAUUAUUUAUAAAGAUUACAGGCAACAUUGAAUUGAAUUCUUACAUUUAACUCUUUUUUCACCUUCUUGCUUUCUAAUGCAGUUUGAUAUAAACACAUAAGAGACAUGUAUCAAUCAAAAGAAAUUGUACGUUUGCUUUAUAUAAUAUAAAUUCCUAUUUUAAAGGAAUAACUACGAAACUUACAAUUCUG